CUAAGUGGAGCCAAUGCAUAAUAAACAUCCAAAGACAAGUAGUGAAUUUAUAAAUGGCAGUUUCUAAUUAUGAUCAGAUUUCCUACAUUACCACUCAGCGGAAAGGUGUAAAAUUUUACAGAAUAUCCUGACAUCUUUUACGAUGUAAUGUAAUGGUGCCUCACACCAGUCUAGAAUACAACAAUGAAUUCUUUGUAUUGUCCCUAAGAUUAGAGAAAAAUACACUUGUUAAGAUCUCUUGCCAUUUAGAGACUGCUGAUGUCUACUACCGCAUUUUUAUAUCGCUUCUCCUUGUGAUGUUAUAUUUUGUAUAUGUAAAUUUCUAUAUAUUUUAUUCUGUUGAAUUUCGGGCCACUAUCAUCUAAAUAUCCUAUUGUAAAUUGUGUGUUAAUUCAGAGUGUUGUUUAGCCCUUGGUGUCUUGAGAACACCAGUCUCCAUGGUGCAUUUUAUUCAUUCAAAUAAUACCCCUGAGUCCGUUGUCAAUGGAGAAGAUAAAAUAGUGGCUAACUUGAAUAACCUUACUUCUGCACAGAAAAUCAUAACAUGUUGUCCAUUAAGCUUGGAAAACAUUGUACUAUCCUUCAUUUCUACUAUCAUUUAUUUCAAGCAUUUCAUUAUGUGGCAAUAGGAUAUUCCAGGACCUCAGAUCCUUUGGAGAAAUUUGGGUGGGCAUGUAGAAAUGGGUUGAUAUGAAUGUUUUUGUGAACAUUGUAGAGGAGAUCUUGGAAUUUUCUUGAUUAUAAAUAUUUUUGAUUUUUCUUUAUAAAUAAAAGAUGACAGAGACAGAACAGAUUGCAAAUGGUUUUAAAAAAUCCCACAGCCUUUACUUUUAAGCAAAUGAAAUGAGCCAUUAAAGAUGAUACUGACUAAACCGUAAAAGUAAGUAUGUUUUUGAUUGUUUUCAAGACUACGUUAUUUGUUGCAGUAAUACAUAUCUAUGCUUUAUUCAAGUCACCUAAACUAUGCAUGACAUUAUCUAUAAAAGAAAUUAAAUCACACGAUUAUUAAGAAAUAUAAGAAAGAAACAAAAGUUAAAAGCUACAUUUCAAUACAUUCAUGCAAGAAUUUUAAGACAGCCUGAACAUUCUGUGACUGAUGGACUACCUUUUUUUCUGUGUGUGUAUUCUUGCCUAGAUAUCUCAUAAUAAUCACUUGCAACAUAAUCAAUAUCAGGAAACCAAGAGUCAAAAGGUUUUAGUUGAUGUAUUUUGACACUGACAUGAUAUACUUUAUACAUUUACUUUUGCACACUGUGAUUUUUAUGCAUAGUGAAUGUUAGCAUUGAUCAUAUAAAGGCAGAAGACGAAAGGCCAGAUAGCUUAUGACCACAAAGAGAAGAGAUGAUGGGAAGUGGGAAUACAACUCUCCUAGGAAUUUUGUACGUAAAGAUGAAUCAGUAAAUUCGUUCACAAAAUGAAUUAAUCGGCUAACAAAUAAAACGUCAUUUCAUAAGAAAGCUCUGACCUAAGAAGUAAAUGAGACAUUACAGACCCAGGAAGCUAUCUGAGCAAUUAGGCGUCUUAAAAUUGACCUUAGAUGAUGACACUUUGAAGGCUUUUAUGGAAAAUAACUUUAAAAAUGGACAAAUGAGCGCACAAAUUCUGUAAAAAUUACAGUUGACAUCAGAAGGAAAAAAAAAAGGAGAAACAAAAAAUUAAACGUUGCCUCACCUUAAACUUGUCUUGAUUCUUGAGCUAUUCUCAUUGUCUCACUCCUCAAGGAAACUAUACUCAAUAUUGUGGAGAAGCGGUACAUGUGGCUAGAGUUAGGAUUACUAAGAAUACUUACAGUUUACAAAAAUAAAAUUAGGGGUUAAAUAAAAGUAUGACUUUGUGUAUCAGAAAGUAGAUUAAUGAUAAGUAGGCAGUGAAUAAAACUAUAGUCGACGUGUGUACAUUCCCAUCUUACAAGACACUAUUAAAACAUAAUAUUAAUUAAAAGUAGACUGCCUUGUGGUACAAAUAUUGAAAUUAGAAUUCAGAAUAGAAAAGCAAAUGAAUAGGAAAGCAAACUACAAACUUCAAAGUGUGUUGGUUGGUGUACGCUGGAGUGAAUUCUCAGAUUUCUAUGACCCGAAAAGUUUUUAACUGCUGAGAUUUUAAUUUUUUUUUUUCUUGUUUUAAGGGAAACUAUUGAAACGUAAAGAAGACAGGGACUUGAAAUAUACUAAAAUAUACUAAAGGAAGUAUAGUAAUAAUGAAUUACAUAAGGUAAAAAAUACCAGUGUAUUUAAAAGAAUUUAUUCACUUUUGUUUGAAACAAAAAAAAAUUAUUAUUUUUUUCUUAGCUUUCCUUAUUGAUGCCAUAACUUUCUUAUUUUGCAGCUAAAGGCAGAAAAAUACCAUUAUAAAAAAAGAAAAUAUGAGAAAUUACACAGAAGCAACAGAGUUUAUUCUACUGGGAUUGACAAAUGACCCACAGGGGCAGGUUGUACUUUUUGUAUUUCUUCUUGUCACCUACAUGCUAAGUGUGAAUGGGAACCUGAUCAUUAUCACCCUCACCCUUUCAGAUCCCCAUCUCCAGACUCCCAUGUAUUUCUUCCUUCGGAAUUUCUCCUUCCUGGAAAUAUCAUUCACGUCUGUUUGCAUUCCCAGAUUCCUAGUCACCUUUGUAACUGGGAACAGAGCCAUCUCGUAUAGUGGUUGUGUGGCUCAGUUAUUUUUUUUCAUCUUCUUAGGAGUGACAGAGUUUUACCUCCUGGCCGCCAUGUCCUAUGACCGCUAUGUGGCCAUCUGCAAACCUUUGCAUUACACCACCAUCAUGAGCCGCAGAGUCUGUAUCCUGCUCGUUUUUAGCUCUUGGUUUGCGGGAUUCCUGAUCAUCUUUCCACCAAUAAUCCUGCUGCUGCAGCUGGAUUUCUGUGCCUCCAAUGUAAUUGAUCAUUUUAUCUGUGACUCUUCUCCAAUUCUGCAGCUUUCUUGCACAAAUACUCACUUUCUAGAACUCAUGGCUUUUUUUUUAGCUGUGGUAACACUCAUGGUCACCUUGACACUAGUUAUUCUCUCCUACACGUAUAUCAUCCAGACUAUUCUGAGAAUUCCUUCCACGAGUCAAAGGAAAAAAGCCUUUUCCACUUGUUCCUCCCACAUGAUCGUUUUCUCCCUCUCUUAUGGCAGCUGCAUCUUCAUGUACAUUAAGCCUUCUGCAAGGGAAAGGGUGACAUUAAGCAAAGGAGUAGCUGUGCUCAAUACCUCAGUGGCUCCCCUCUUGAAUCCCUUCAUAUAUACACUAAGGAAUCAGCAAGUGAAACAAGCCUUCAAUAUCAUGGUCCAGAGGAUGGUCUUUUCUUUGAAUAAAUGAAUAUGCUUAUAUUAAAAUGUAUAAUUGGAAGAAAAACCAAAUGAAAAAUCUCUACCCUUCUCUACAUAAAUUCUUUCUAAACACCUCAUUUCAAUACAUCAAUUAG